UCUGUUGAUCGGGUGAAGCUCGGGGUCGAGGGUUCUGAUGCGGUUGCGAUAAGGAGUUGUCAUGAGUAUGAAGGAGAGUAUUUGGAGUUGCUUGAGGGGUUUUACAAGAAGCCGGUUAUUCCCGUCGGGCUCCUGCCGCCAUCGCCGACGGGUGAUUUGGAGGACAAGGAGGGAGGGUGGAGGGAAACUUUCGGUUGGCUGGAUAAACAGAAGGCCCGGUCGGUCGUGUUUGUUAGUUUCGGAAGCGAGUACAAAUUCAGCCCGCACGAGGUCCGCGAGAUAGCCCACGGGCUGGAAAUGUCUGACGUCCCUUUCCUGUGGGCCUUAAGGUGGCCUAGCUGGCUCACCGGCGAAAUCAGCGAAGCACUGCCCGAAGGCUUCACGGACAGAAUAAAUGGGCGGGGGAUAGUUGAAGUGGGCUGGGCCCCGCAAUUGGAGAUCUUGGCCCAUGAAUCCAUCGGCGGGUCGCUAUUCCACUGUGGGCUGGGCUCGAUCGUGGAGUCGCUCAGGCACGGGCACAUGCCCGUGCUCAUGCCGCUCAUAUUCGACCAGGGUUUGAACGCUAGGUUCCUCGCGGAGAAGGGAGUCGGGAUUGAGGUCGGGAGGAACGAGGACGGAUCUUUCAGUAGAGACGAGAUUGCCAAGUGUUUGAGGGUAGCGAUGGUCUCUGAUGAGGGGGAGGCGCUAAGAGCAAAAGCAAGGGAAAUGGGAGCUAUGGUUGGCGAUCAAGCUCUUCAUGAUGAUUAUGUGAAGAGGUUUGCAGAGUAUCUUGUUUGUAACGCUGGCAAUAAAGUCUGAUGCUUAAUUGUUGGAUCUUUAAGUGGGCAGCUUAUGAUGUCCUUACAGUGAAGCGGUAGUUAAUAUAGUUGCUCUUUCCUCUAUUUUAGUUUAAUGAUGACUAUAUAUACCAAGCUACUGGUUUCCGUGA